AGUGUCGUCACUGGUAACCAUAGAGUCUGGGCGGUUGAGAGAGAGAGAGAUACCGGCUCUCGCGUGCAGUGAGCGGCUAACCUUUACGUGGAUCAGACAGAGUGAAGGACAAGAUAUAGCAGAAGACAUAAUGUGUGACCCAGAGAAAGGCAAGAAGAUUUUUGUUCAGAAAUGUGCACAGUGUCACACAGUGGAAAAAAAUGGAAAGCAUAAGGUGGGACCAAAUCUUUGGGGUCUAUUUGGUCGUAAAACUGGCCAAGCACCAGGAUUUUCUUACACAGAUGCAAACAAAAGUAAAGGUAUUGUGUGGUCGGAAGACACUCUUCUUGAAUAUUUGGAGAACCCCAAGAAAUAUAUACCAGGAACAAAAAUGAUUUUUGCUGGAAUUAAAAAGAAGACGGAGCGGUGUGAUCUCAUUGCGUAUUUAAAGAAAGCAACAUCUGAAUGAUAGUUUUGUGUAAUGGAACCAUGUUACUCUUUUAACUUUAUAAAAUGCCAUCCAUUGCCUGCUGGUUCUUCUACGUGUUGGAUUCUGUGUUAGUGCUCAUCUACUAAACAAAUAUUUAAUAAAAAGAAAUGUUGGAGAGGGAUGCAGACUAUUAAAUAGAGUGGGAUUGU